AUGUCAAGAACAGGAGUAUUAGUAUUAGGACCAGCAGGUGUUGGUAAAUCUACAUUUUGUAAUUCCAUGAUUGCAUACAUGCAAUCCAUUGGACGUCGAGCACAUAUAGUUAAUUUAGAUCCAGCAGCCAAUCCAACAGAAUAUGAAUUUACUAUUGAUGUUAAAGAUUUAAUAUCAUUACAAGAUGUUAUGGAAGAAAUGGAAUUAGGACCAAAUGGAGGAUUAAUUUAUUGUUUUGAAUUUUUAUUAAAUAAUUUAGAUUGGCUAGAUGAAGAAAUUGGAGAUUAUAACGAUGAAUAUUUAAUAUUUGAUUGUCCUGGACAAAUUGAACUAUAUACUCAUAUUCCUGUAUUACCAACUAUUGUUAAACAUUUACAAACUUCAUUGAAUUUUAAUUUAUGUGCAACUUAUUUAUUGGAGGCUCCAUUUAUAAUUGAUAAUUCAAAAUUUUUCUCAGGUGCUUUAAGUGCAAUGUCAGCAAUGAUUUUAUUAGAAUUACCACACAUUAAUAUUUUAUCAAAGAUAGAUUUAGUUAAAGAUGAAUAUAGUAAGAAACAAUUAAAGAAAUUUUUAAAUCCUGAUCCUUUAUUAUUAGCUAAAGAAGAAGAUUAUGCUAAUCCAAAAUUUACUAAAUUAACUCAAUCGAUUGCUAGUUUAGUUGAUGAUUUUGGGAUGGUUCAAUUUUUACCAUUGGAUUGUUCAAAAGAUAGUAGAAGUGUGGAAACAAUUUUAAGUUAUAUUGAUGAUGUUACUCAAUGGAGUGAAUCUCAAGAACCAAAAGAACCAAAUGAUGAAGUCGAAUUACCUGAUGAAGUAUUUUAA